AAAGAGGGCGGGACCUGAUGUGGUUCUGGCGCGAAAGCCCAGGGUGCGCGGCGGGGAAGAAGGGAGAGAAAUAAAAAAUUGAAGAGAGAAAGUAGACGGAAAAUAAAUAGAGGGAAAGAUAAAAUAACGAGAUAGAGUGAGAGAAAGUGAAGAGGAGGAAGAAGAAGAAUUCUCGAGAGGCCCCAGACUCGGGCCCGGCCCCGCCAUGUCCGGGUUUGAUGAUCCCGGCGUGUUUUUCAGCGACAGCUUCGGGUCUGAAACCCCGGGAGACUCGGGCCAGAUCCGCCGGACACAGCUCCAGAAGCGGCUGCGGGAUUUCCUCCGGCAGUACCGGGAGGGCAGCGACCGCACCGGCUUCACUUUCAAAUACAGGGAUGAACUGAAACGUCACUACAAUUUGGGUGAAUACUGGAUCGAGGUGUCUCUGGAGGAUCUGAGCAGCUUCGAUGAGGAUUUGGCCGACUACCUUCUCAAGCAACCCUCUGAACACCUGCCUCUGUUGGAGGAGGCAGCGCGGGAAGUGGCGGAUGAGGUGACACGCCCACGGCCAGCCGGUGAGGAGACGCUUCAGGAGAUCCAGGUCAUGCUGCGAUCCAGUGCCAACUGUGCUAAUAUCCGCAGCCUGAAGUCUGACCAGAUGUCUCGGUUGGUGAAGAUCCCGGGCAUCGUGAUUGCUGCCAGCUCUGUGCGUGCCAAGGCCACCAGAAUUGCCAUCGAGUGUCGCGGCUGCCGCAACGUCAUGAGCAACAUCGCGGUCCGCCCCGGCCUGGAAGGCUACACCCUGCCACGCAAGUGCAACACGGAGCAGGCCGGGCGACCCAAGUGCCCAGUGGACCCAUAUUUCAUCAUCCCCGACAAGUGUAAAUGUGUGGAUUUCCAAACUCUGAAGCUGCAGGAAGCUCCCGAUGCUGUGCCUCAUGGAGAGAUGCCCCGACACAUGCAACUUUACUGUGACAGGUACCUGUGUGACAAAGUCGUCCCUGGCAACCGUGUCACCAUCAUGGGGAUCUACUCGAUCAAGAAAGCAGGUGCGGGCCGUAACAAAGGCCGCGACCGGGUCGGAGUGGGUAUCCGGGGAUCCUACAUCCGAGUGGUUGGGAUCCAGGUGGACACUGAGGGUACAGGUCGUGGUCUGUCUGGCACCACAGCCCCACAGGAUGAGGAGGAGUUCCGCCAGCUAGCUGCCAUGCCCAACAUCUAUGAGACCAUUGCCAAAAGCAUUGCUCCCUCCAUCUACGGCAGCUCUGAUAUUAAGAAGGCCAUUGCGUGCCUGCUUUUUGGGGGCUCCAGGAAGCGUCUGCCGGAUGGUCUGACACGGCGAGGUGACAUUAACCUGCUGAUGCUUGGAGACCCAGGGACAGCUAAGUCUCAGCUGCUGAAGUUUGUGGAGAGGUGCUCACCCAUUGGGGUAUACACGUCUGGGAAGGGGAGCAGUGCAGCUGGACUCACUGCGUCGGUGAUGCGGGAUCCAUCCUCUCGAAACUUCAUCAUGGAGGGUGGUGCCAUGGUUCUGGCUGAUGGUGGUGUUGUCUGCAUUGACGAGUUUGACAAGAUGCGUGAGGACGAUCGAGUGGCAAUCCACGAAGCCAUGGAGCAGCAGACCAUCUCCAUUGCCAAGGCUGGGAUCACGACCACCUUGAACUCCCGCUGCUCGGUCCUGGCUGCAGCAAACUCUGUUUUUGGGCGCUGGGACGAUACGAAAGGAGAGGAAAACAUAGACUUCAUGCCAACCAUCCUGUCUCGAUUCGACAUGAUCUUCAUCGUGAAGGAUGAGCACAAUGAGGAGAGAGACAUGACUCUGGCCAAACACGUCAUGAAUGUGCAUUUGAGUGCCCUGACCCAGACCCAGGCUGUUGAGGGAGAGAUCGAACUCAGCAAGCUGAAACGAUAUAUCUCGUACUGCCGCACGAAGUGUGGGCCCAGGCUGUCGGCAGAGGCUGCGGAGAAGCUGAAAAACCGGUACAUCCUGAUGCGGAGUGGGGCCCGGGAACACGAGCGAGAGAGUGAUCGGAGCAGCAGUAUCCCGAUCACAGUCAGGCAGCUGGAAGCCAUCGUCCGGAUUUCCGAGUCACUGGCAAAGAUGAAGCUGCAGCCGUUUGCCACAGACCGUGACGUAGAGGAAGCCCUGAGGCUUUUCCAGGUCUCCACCCUGGACGCAGCGCUGUCAGGAAGUCUGGCCGGAGCUGAGGGCUUCACCACAGCAGAGGAUCAGGAGAUGUUGGCUCGUGUUGAGAAGCAGCUGAAGCGUCGCUUUGCCAUUGGCUCGCAGGUUUCUGAACACAGCAUCGUCCAGGACUUCCUCAAACAGGACCAAGUACAGUUACCACCAGAACCUGCAAAAUCAGACUCUGUCUCUCCGAUGGCAGCUAAGCAACCACCUGGAACAGGAGCUGGCCCAAGCCAUGAUCCUCAGAAAGUAUCGCAACCAUCUACUGGAUGUGCUGGAGUGGGCCAAUCAGAUUGCAGAGAAACAAAGAAUUAUCAUUCAAGAGGGAGAGCUGUCCAAAAACCUCCGAGGGUUGGAAGAUCUGAAGAAGAUCUGGAGGCUACUCAUCGAAGAAGAGAAAAGGUUGAGCCGGGAAUUGAAGAGGUGCCCAGUGCAGAGUUAGAGUUUGAGAAAGCCUGACGAAUGUUCACUCUAUCCCCUCCUCCUCCUUCUCCUGGCUUCCCCUUUCUUCCUCCUUCCCUCUAACCUUCUCUUCUCCAUCUUCUCCUCCCUGUCUCUUCCUUCAUCUUCCCUCCUCCUCCUCCCCUCUCACCUUUACCAACUUUGGUUAGACAUAUUCCUAGAGGUUGUCCAAUUGCCCGAACCU